AUGAAAUAUUUGAUAGCGCCCAUUGUAGCUCUUUUCAUUGCUUGGAGCAGUGGCGCACCAUCGGUCCAAGAAUUCGUCGACCAAGUUCUCUCCCACGUUGACAAUAAAGUUGAUGCGAUUGAAAAUAAUCCAGCACUGUUUGAUCGAAUCUACCGAUUCUAUCAGCAACAAUAUCCUCGUCAAUCAACUGCCAAAAUCAUCGAUGUCGAUCAGGCCAAACGAGCUCAAAUCUUCAAAUCCAAUCUAAAAGCAGUGCUCACUCACAACUCUGAUCCACACUCGACAUUUAAAUUAAAAAUCAAUGCAAUAAGUGAUUGGACUGAUGAAGAAUCCGACGCAUUACGUGCUCGCAAGAUGAUUCUUGGUCCCGUCAAUAACAAUCAACUGGUUCAAUAA